AGAUAGCCUGGUAAAAGCACAUUAAACACAUGCCCAUAAGUAUGCUAUAGAUAGAACUGGCUUUCAAGUUCCGGCGCAUUAUUUAUGGUGACCAAGUUUGCCCCGCCCACAACGCGGCCCUUACAGCGCGUACCCAACUCAGCGUUGUGUGUUGUGUCUAGACAGGAUUCCACAAAGUGUGCGUCCCAAGUGGGUGGCGGGGAGCAACGAGCGAGCGAACGAACCAACGAACAAACAACAACAAUAACAACGUCGAUGACGGCGACGGCGGUUGCCGGCCCGGCCACAUGAAUGACGAGCGGCGAGCAUUUAAACAGCGUUCUGGCGUGCAUUCAACCCAAAAGCUCAACCCCCAAAGCUCGUCGACGUUGUCGUCGUCGUCUGGCAGCAACAAUUCUCGAGUCUAGAUAACAACAACAGCAACAAUGAGUGCAGCAAGUAAAUCAACGAGGACGAGCCCGGCGUGCCCUCACAACACAAAACCCACUGAGGCAGGCUCGGGUAAAAAAGCCAACGGCACAGACAUACAAUACAUACACGCGUACACAUGUACACAAGCAUGUACACACACUCACUCACUCAUACACGCGUACGCAGACGCUAGACGCACUCAAUAGCAGACACAACUGCAACUGGUUGAGUUAUAGCGGGGGAAUACGGGAAUAAAAGAAAACAGCGUGCGAAAGCUUCGGCUCAGCUUCAGUUGUUGUUAUUGUUUUCCAUUGCUCUUCAGUAUAAUGGAACAGAACAUGUAUGUAUGUGUGAGUCACGUACAUUUCAGCCAGCCCUAAGUUUGCGUACGCGAAUGAUCUUUGCACUCACAGCUGUGCGAUGAUUUUGCAUAUCACUAUCGAUAUGCGUGCCGCUGCUGGCAGCACAGCUGCUUAUCGAUAGAAUUAACCAAACAAAACUUGUUUAUGUCAGAGCUAAUUUGUAAUUUACAGUAAACAAAUAUGAGGCGUUGCUCGGUACUAAAUUGCAAUUAUACAAGCGAAACGAAGAGUAAACUAAUUCGUUUCUUCGAAUUACCGAUGAACAACAAAUUAGCACAAAAAUGGCUGGCUUUCUGUGGCGAUCCAAAUCUCAAAUAUAGAAAGGGCACAUAUGUUUGCUCGGAGCAUUUUAGGCCAGAAGAUAUUGGCAUGUGCCGAUUAAAACCAAAUGCAGUCCCGUGCAUUAAUAGUGAAACAACGAAGAAGAAUUCGAAGAGGAGCACAAAACAGUCGAAAAGCAAUAGCAUAGAGGACGACCUUUUUGCUAGUUUAAAAAGCAAAAGGGAAUCAUCUGACUUGGAAAGCAAUGACGAUACAGAGGAAACAGAAAUUACAGUUGAACCAAACAAAUAUGAUCACAUGCUGGAUACAGAAAGCUCUGAAGCUGUUAUUGACGAGCUAAGUAAUCAAGUCAAAGACUUACGUAUGGAAAAUGUUCGCUUGAAAGUCAACAUGCAAUUGGCGCAGAAAAAAUACAAAGCUGAAAUUAAUAAACUAACUAAAGAACUUCAAGAGGCUAAUUCGCACAUAUUAAUUUUGGAGAUGCAACAAGAAUAUGCGAUGAAAUGAAUAAAUUGCUGUUGUAGCCCGUUGAA